UGAUGGUGAUGGUGAUGAGUAGGAGGAGGAGGAAGCAGCGCAGAGUCCACGAGAGUUACCCGCCCGCCCUGUCGCCAUAAGCCGCCGGCUGCCACUACCACCAUCACCAUCAUCACCACCACCACCAUCGUCACCACCAUCACCACCACCAUCGUCGUCGUCGUCUCCAAGACGGCAUCGUCUGAGCACCGCGGCCGCGAUCUCCCGCAGAGAGCGGCAUCGACACCUCGUCUCCGCACCUCGUCUCGGCCCUCGGCCACAUUUCUUGCGGGGAGAUGAUAUAGAGCACUGUAGUUUAGUAGACUGUAGUUUAGUAGACUGUAGUUUAGUAGACUGUAGUUUAGUAGACUGUAGUUUAGUAGACUGUAGUUUAGUAGACUGUGGUUUAGUAGACUGUAGUUUGGUAGACUGCUGUUGGCGUGACGGCACGCUGGCUUGCUGUCCACCGGACAGAGGGACAAGAAGACGGAGCCAGCCCCAUCGUGCCCCCCGCCUCCAUCCACCAACGGGGUUUAAUUACAUUCUCAAGUCAAACAAAACAACAACAGCAACAGCUGCUGCUGUUGCUGCGGUGUCGGGGCGGGGGGUUCAUUCAUUGUGAAGCCGGACAAGAGGAGGAGGAGGAGGCUCGAUCGGCGCUGUGGAAUUUCCCGGGGCGUGGGUUAAAGGGUGAGAGGUUGUCCAGAGAGGGCCACCAAGGGGCUCUGCUGAGUCGGCGUUGAGCAUCACACGGGCGGCGUCCAGGGGGUCCCGGGCACAGCGAAGCGGUCAGGCAGUCGGAGGGGGUCCGGGGAAGGGCUGAAGAGUUGAGUAGUAGGGAGAGCGGGAUCUUGGGGUUGUUUGAGAGGGGAUCUCUUAGGGUUGUUUGAGAGGGGAUCUUGGGGUUGUUUGAGAGGGGAUCUGGGGGUUGUUUGAGAGGGGAUCUUGGGGUUGUUUGAGAGGGGAUCUCUUAGGGUUGUUUGAGAGGGGAUCUCUUAGGGUUGUUUGAGAGGGUAUCUUGUUGUUUGAGAGGGGAUCUUGGGGUUGUUUGAGAGGGGAUCUUGGGGUUGUUUGAGAGGGGAUCUCUUAGGGUUGUUUGAGAGGGGAUCUUGGGGUUGUUUGAGAGGGGAUCUCUUAGGGUUGUUUGAGAGGGGAUCUUGUGGUUGUUUGAGAGGGGAUCUUGGGGUUGUUUGAGAGGGGAUCUUGGGGUUGUUUGAGAGGGGAUCUUGGGGUUGUUUGAGAGGGGAUCUCUUAGGGUUGUUUGAGAGGGGAUCUUGUGGUUGUUUGAGAGGGGAUCUUGGGGCUGUUUGAGAGGGGAUCUUGUGGUUGUUUGAGAGGGGAUCUUGGGGUUGUUUGAGAGGGGAUCUUGGGGUUGUUUGAGAGGGGAUCUUGGGGUUGUUUGAGAGGGGAUCUCUUAGGGUUGUUUGAGAGGGGAUCUUGUGGUUGUUUGAGAGGGGAUCUUGGGGCUGUUUGAGAGGGGAUCUUGUGGUUGUUUGAGAGGGGAUCUUGGGGUUGUUUGAGAGGGGAUCUUGUGGUUGUUUGAGAGGGGAUCUUGGGGUUGUUUGAGAGGGGAUCUUGGGGUUGUUUGAGAGGGGAUCUUGGGGUUGUUUGAGAGGGGAUCUUGGGGUUGUUUGAGAGGGGAUCUUGGGGUUGUUUGAGAGGGGAUCUUGUGGUUGUUUGAGAGGGGAUCUUGGGGUUGUUUGAGAGGGGAUCUUGUGGUUGUUUGAGAGGGGAUCUUGGGGUUGUUUGAGAGGGGUCUCUGGGACAGAAGGCUACCACCAUGGGCGCGUUAUUCCGCAGCGAGAGUAUGAGCCUCAUGCACAUCUUCCUGCCCAGCGCGUCCGCCUUCGCGUGCGUGAGCGAGCUCGGAGAACGCGGCCUCUGCGAGUUCAGAGACAUGAACGCCGGUGUGAACGUGUUCCAGCGGCGCUUUGUGGGCGAGAUCCGUCGCUACGAGGACAUGGAGCACACCCUGGGGCUCCUGGAGAAGGAGGUGGUGAAGGCGAAGCUGGCAGGGGAUUCGCGCGAAGUCAACCCGCUGGCGCCUUCGCCGCGUGACGCGCUGCACAUACAGACCCAGACGGAGCAGCUGAUGCGCGAGCUGCUGGAGGUGAGCCGCAACCGCGAGACGCUGCAGAAGAACCUGACGGAGCUGCUGGAGUACGCAGCGCUGCUGCGCGCCGUCCAGAGGCUCUGCCGGGACGACGGCGCUCCUCCUUCGCCCGUCCUCUUCAACGGUCGCGCCGCGGAUGCCGCGGGGAGUCAGCCCAACGAGAUGAGGAUGAGUACGGUGUUUGGCACCAUCGACCCGCAGAAGGUGCCGGCGUUUGAGCUCAUGCUGUUCCGCGUGUGCCGAGGCUUCACCUUCAUGCGCUCCAUGGAGCUCCCCGAGCCGCUCGCCGUGCCCUUCCUGGACGAGCCGGUGCGUCUCUCCGUCUUCUCCAUCUCCUUCUGGGGGGAGCGCAUCGGUGACAAAGUGCGCAAGAUCAGCAGCUGCUUUCACUGCCGCCUGCUCCACUGCCCCGACUCCCAGCGGGAGCAGCAGGAGCUGCUGGGCAGCCUGGACAUCCGCAUCGCAGACCUGCAGAGCGUCCUUUCCCAGACGGAGGCCUACAGGAAGCAGGUGCUGCAGAAGGCGGCCAGCGUCUGCUCGGUGUGGCUCGUCCAGGUGCGCAAGGCCAAGGCCGUCUACCACGUGCUCAACCAGUGCCACUACGACGCACGCAACUACCUGGUGGGUGAGGCGUGGUGCCCGACCGAGGACAAGCCGAGGGUGGAGGAGGCGCUGCUGCAAGCCUCCGACGUCCACUCGGAGAAGGCCACUUUGACGGUGAUCCCCACGCAGCAGGAGCCGCCCACCCUCAACCGCACCAACCGCUUCACCAGCAGCUUCCAGGGCAUCGUGGACGCGUACGGCGUGGGCAGUUACCGCGAGGUCAACCCCGCGCCGUACACGAUCAUCACCUUCCCCUUUCUCUUCGCCGUGAUGUUCGGCGACCUGGGCCACGGUGCCAUUUUGCUGCUGUUCGCCCUCUGGAUGGUGCUGAAGGAGAAUAACAAGGCGUUCAAGAGCAGCAACAACGAGAUCUGGCAGCAGCUCUUUGGAGGGCGCUACAUCAUGCUGCUCAUGGGGCUCUUCUCUAUCUACACGGGAUUCAUCUACAACGACUGCUUCUCCAAGCCGCUGACGAUCUUCCCCUCGGCCUGGAACGUCACCGCCAUGAUCAAAGGAUCUUGGAACGUGACGCACACCAACAUCAGCAGCAUCCAGCUGCUCGCCCUGGACCCCAAUAUCAGCGGCGUCUUCACAACCCCCUACCCCUUCGGCAUCGACCCGAUCUGGGGCUUGGCCAAGAACCAGUUGACCUUCCUCAACUCGUACAAGAUGAAGAUGUCCGUGGUGCUGGGCGUCAUCCACAUGACGUUCGGAGUCAUCCUCAGCUGCUUCAACCACGUCCACUUCCGCGACUUCCCGAGCAUCCUGCUGGUGUUUGUGCCGGAGAUGGUGUUCAUGCUGGCGCUGUUCGGCUACCUGGUGGUGAUCGUGAUCUACAAGUGGGUGGCGUGGCCCACCAGCAUGUCCAACACGGCACCCAGCAUCCUCAUCGACUUCAUCAACAUGUUCAUGUUCAGGAGCUCGGACAACCUCUAUGCUCACCAGGCGAAGGUGCAGAUGCUGCUGGUGGUGGUGGCCGUGCUCAUGGUGCCCGUGUUGCUGCUGGGGAAGCCGCUGUCCCAGGUCGUCGCGUUGCGGAUGAGGCGCAGGCAGAGGGAUCUCACGCUGCUGAUUCAGUCGGAGGAGAGGACGCCGCUCCUGACCGCCGUGACCGUGGAGGCCGAUCCGGACUCUGAGCACGCGGAGGUUGACUUCAGCGACAUCUUCAUGCACCAGGCGAUCCACACCAUCGAGUACUGCCUGGGCUGCAUCUCCAACACGGCCUCCUACCUGCGCCUCUGGGCGCUCAGCCUGGCGCACGGAGAGCUGUCCGAGGUGCUGUGGAAGAUGGUGCUGAGCUUCGGGCUCCGGGCGACGAGCUGGUCGCACGCCGUGCUGCUGGUGCCCAUCUUCGGGGCCUUCGCUGUGCUCACGCUCUCCAUCCUGCUCGUCAUGGAGGGGCUCUCCGCAUUCCUGCACGCGCUGCGCCUGCACUGGGUGGAGUUCCAGAACAAGUUCUACAAGGGAUCAGGGUACCUGUUCGUUCCGUUCUACUUCCAACCAAUCCUGGAAGGCCUGGUGCACACAGACUAAGCCCCCCGCGGUUAUCCCAAGAAACACCCCCCCCCCCCCCGCCGCCCCCUCACAUACUUCACUUUUACAAAAUGCAACAGGGAUUACACGAGACUUCUACCAUGCACCUGCCAUUCUCAAGCGGUCGGCUGCCGAUCUUUUUCCAACAUCCCCCCCCCCCCGCAUCCUCGCGAUAGUUUUCAAAUUAAAACGUUUUGCGUUACGGAUUUUUAGGGCCAGUUUUAGAUUUUUAUUCUUCACAUUUUCUGAUAAUUUUGUUGAAAACUCCUUCGUACCAACGACGGUGACGUCACGCGCCGCCGCCGCUCUUGGCCGGAGAAGCGUGGCAGUGACGUCACGCAAAGCUAAAUGUUGGAAUCAUCCAGGAUUUUGCAUCUUGGCCUUGUUUUCAGGUUUUUCUGAUUUAUCCGGAAUUAGAGAGCACGUCCCUCCCAACAUACCAGUUUUCACGCGUUAAUCUCUUACCGCUUUCUAAACAGUGUGGGGACGAAAAAUGUCAACAAUGUUUGCUUUGAAAAGCCAGUACGUGCCAAACGGUCUCGAGCAUUGGCAGCCUCGUGCUUUCCGUCGGCAGGGGUGAUCAGUCAGUACGUCGCACACACGCAAAAGCUGCUCAUCUCCCAUGCAAACAUCAACCUCCCCCUUCGCCUUACUGUCGACUGGGGCAGACAGCGUGAUGCUAGCGAGCACCUGUUGAAGGUCGGCAGCACUGCUGGCGAGUGGUGGUGGUGGUGGUGGUGUGGCCAGGAACACGUGUGGGGGUUCCUGUGGUUCUCCCGUGGCUAUGGGGCGGGCUGCACCAUGAGGCUCGGAACAAGUUGAGGUGCUAAGCGUGGCCGGGGAAUUGAAAUCGAGACUGUUGCAUCGCCACAGCUAUGAAGAGCCUCUGUGUAGACUUUAACAGACUGUUGGGGCGGGAGCUGUCAGCGAGCUCCUAUUAAGACCGAUACGGUUCCAGGGGGAAGUGUAGCCAUCUUUGUCUCUCUAGAGCUGAUGUUGAUACGCUCUCUCCCCAAGCACUCACUUGAGACUGAAUUGACGAAGGGAAUCCCCAAGCACUCACUUGAGACUGAAUUGACGAAGGGAAGGCCCAGACUGGUUCUGAUUCCACUAGCCACUGAUAGUUCGCUGUGACCAGGGGGGAUCGAACUCAGGCCGCCGGGUUCAUUGCGCACUGCCACCGCCCACCACCCAACCACUCUCCACAGUCCACUGCACAAGAUCCCCCGUGUAGCCUUUAACAGAUUGUUGGGG